UGUCUUCCUACCACCACCGCCAUACUCAGCUCCCAGGGCGCACCCGGUCUGCUCGCGCACGCCAUGGUCGCCUUCUCCAUCCCCGAUGCCGGCGCGCUGGUGCAGCCGCUGGCGGACCGCUUCGGCCUCUCCGUGCUGCCGCUGCACGCCGGCACCAUCGUCAAGUCGCUGGCCUUCUGGGUGUCGCUGCAGCUGCUCUCCUCGCACCUCUCGCCGCGCCUCUUCCCCACCAUCUACCCGCAGCUCAAGCGCUCCACGCGCAUCUCGUGGGACGUGCACUUUGUCGCGCUCGUGCAUGCCGCCCUCAUCACGCCGCUCUGUGCCAAGGUGUGGUACGACGUGUACAGCGACCCCACACACCCCAUGGCACAGCGCCGCAUCUACGGCUACACCUACGAGGCGGGCACGGUGUACGCCAUUGCCAUUGGCUACUUCAUCUGGGACUCGGUCGUCUCCAUCCUCUACGACGGGCCGGCCUUCGUCGCGCACGGCCUCGUGGCGCUCUCGGCGUUCGUGCUUGCAUACCGGCCCAUCUUCAUCUACGACGGCCUGGGCUUCCUGCUGUGGGAGCUGAGCACGCCGUUCCUUAACAUCCACUGGUUCCUCGACAAGUGCGGCAAGACGGGCUCGCGUGCGCAGCUCAUCAAUGCCGUCUUCCUGCUCUCGACGUACGUCCUUGCGCGCCUGACGUUUGGCGUCUACAAUUCCUACUCGUGGUUCAUGGAGGUCAACUUCCCCGCCGUGCCGCACGUGCCCGCGAUUCCGAUGUCGUACCGCGUCUACUACACCGUCGGCAACAUCACGCUCAACACGCUCAACUUUGUCUGGUUCCGCGCCAUGAUCCGCGCCGUGCAGAAGCGCUUCACUACCAAGCCCGACGACAGCUCCAAGAAGAUUGACCCCAAGGCAGUCGCGCAAGGCAAGCAGGGCGUGAAGCUGGGCGUGCAGGGCAGCUCGGACGAGCCGUUUGAGAAGGAGGCGGGCGUCGGCCGGCCUGGGCGCGAGGCCUUCGAGCGCGCAGACGUGGGCUCGUACGGCGGAGACCGCGAGGCCAGGUGGCGCAAGGCGGCCAAGUCCAAGUCCUGAUGGGCUCGCGCAUGGGAGCGCCAUUUGCUGGGCACCCGGACAGGAAGGGAGAAAGGGCAUGGCUCAAGGCGCAGCAGGCAGAGAGGGCUGCACGUCAGCGUCCGCUUGGGCCACGGGCCGCAGGAGCAUCUCUCCAGGUGGAGAUUGGAAGG